AUGGCUGCAGUCCUUACACUGUUAAAAACCAACACUACUUUUCUUGUCCGACAUAAUGAUGUGGAGAAGAACAACAGUACCAAGAAUAAGAAAGGCUACCCAAAAGGUGAAGGUGGCGUGUUCAAGGCACAUCUCACGUUUCCUAAAGAUUAUCCCCUCAAACCACCAAAGCUGAAAUUCAUCACAGAAAUAUGGCAUCCAAAUGUUGACAAGAAUGGUGAUGUAUGUAUAUCAAUUCUCCAUGAGCCUGGUGAGGACAAAUAUGGCUAUGAAAAGCCAGAAGAGCGCUGGCUUCCCAUCCAUACAGUAGAAACUAUUAUGAUUAGUGUCAUCUCAAUGUUGGCUGAUCCUAAUGGAGACUCUCCUGCAAAUGUUGAUGCUGCAAAAGAAUGGAGGGAAGACAGAAAUGGAGAGUUCAAAAGGAAAGUUGCACGAUGUGUAAGAAAAAGUCAAGAGACUGCUUUUGAGUGACUUGUAUUCUGUACCAGAUGAUUUCUUCAGAUUUUCAGGGUAUCUUUGAAAAUACAUGGCACUGUUUUCCUGCACUCUUACCUACCUGUUGCUGGACUUAACAUUGUAGCAAGAUGGCAGGCGUUGAUGGCACUCCAGGACACUGUAAAAAGUGCAGG